GUGAAUCAACAUAUCCCUGUCCAAGAAGUCGCGAACGUGUUCUAUCAAUCCAUUUGAAUAUAAGCCUUGAUCAAGCUCAAUCAUAUCAUCCUCGCAAGCUCACUACUCCAACCCUCACAGUACGCAUAUAACUCCCGGCAAUCGAAAAUGCGCCCAUCUCUCCCCCUCAUUGGGGCUGCUCUCUCCGUUCUUCUCACCCCAAUCCAAUCUCUCUACUUCUACAUCGACGGCACAGCACCCAAAUGUUUCUUCGAGGAGUUACCCAAAGACACACUGGUAGUAGGCCACUAUACCGCUGAGGAAUACGAUGAAAAUACAAGACAAUGGAGUAAACAUGAUGGAUUAAACAUUUUUAUUUCUGUAGAUGAAAUCUUUGACAACGACCACCGAGUAGUCUUCCAGACCGGUUCAUCUUCUGGCCGUUUCACUUUCACAGCUGCCGAUGCUGGCGACCACAAAAUCUGCUUUACUCCCUCCUCCACCUCCGGUUCUAGCAAUUGGCUCAGCGCAUUACAUUCAAAUGGCGGCAUUAAAUUGACUCUCGAUAUGGCAAUUGGAGAGACGAGUCAGAUUGAAAGUGACGAUAAGGGAAAAAUCAAUGAUAUUGUGCAAAAGGUUAAGGAUCUGAAUAGCAGAUUGCAGGAUAUUAGAAGGGAACAGGUUUUCCAACGGGAACGCGAAGCCGAAUUCCGCGACCAAUCCGAAUCCACCAACGCGCGCGUCGUCCGCUGGACGCUCAUCCAACUCGUCGUCUUGGGAAUUACUUGCGCAUGGCAACUUUCGCAUCUGCGAUCCUUCUUCAUCAAGCAGAAAUUGACCUAAACAUCCUCUUUCUGUGGUUAUGUUUCAAUGAUGAUCAUUCAAGGGGGAAGAGGAUAUAGGAGAGAGUUUCUAGAGAGAAAGAGACACCAGGAGAGGAGAAGCGUUGAAAAGGCGAGAAUGGAAUGGAAUAAUGAAGAGAAGAGACUAGCCAUUGACUCUCAUUAUGUACCUAUGUAUGUUAGUGUAGCUGAUUGAUUCGACCCAAAACGAGACGGGAUGAGGUGAGAUGAGAUGAGAUGAGGAAUGCGCUGCAAUGCCCUACACUGCAUUGUUACGCAUUUAAAGAAUUAUAUGAAAAAUUUCCUUCUUCUAUCAUUCCUUCAUUCAUUCAUACCUGCUCUGCUACCUUUCUUUCUUUCCGCCUAUCAAAUCAUCAAAUCAUCAACCCCCCA